UAUGUAUUUUUUGCUCCUGAAAAUGAAUCUGUCAGUCAUUUCCCACAAUAUCAAUUCAUUUUAGAGAAAUAGGUAUAUACCUAACUGUGCUUGGAACACACCCUGUUAUGGCAAACUCUACACAAAGCCUUCAAACAGAAGGGCCUCAUGUCCAAUUGUGAGUUUGGCUCCCAUUUACCACCAGAGGACAGAACUGGAAUUACAGACAUUUCCCAACAGCUGAAGACCAUCAGUAAUCAGGAAGGCUCUCACCUGAAGCAAUCAAAUCCACUCAUUUUAAGUCUGCAGCUCCAGCUCAGACUUCAGGCCAACAAAGACUGCUCGAGGAAAAUUUGCCAAAUGCAGUAGUGCCUAACUGUUUACAGAGACCAGGGUGGCUGACGAUGCCAUCUACUGCCCAAAACAGCAAUUCAAAUCUGCUGAAACAAGCUACAUAGCAACAUGCUUCGACGAAGCUAGUAAAGAGAGACAGAGACUCUGAUGCCACUUCACCUCCACCACCACCACCAUUCACCGCUGAAGGUGCCCGAUGUUGUUGAGCUGAGGACAUUGUUGCUACCUUGCCUUGAUGGACCAUCCCAAAACUUUGGUACCCCAGUACAAAACACUGAUGACCCAGAAGAUCCAGAAACCUGCAAACAAACAUUGAGGGCGGAUACUUUGCAAAAUGAAAAGGCUGCAAGCCAUGCACUUGGAGGCAGCGCGAUGCUGGAACACUUGCGGAGUGAGAUCUCCUGUUUGCAAAGCAUCCAGAUAGACAACAUGAAGGAGAUUGCAGAGAAAGACCUCAGCAUCACCAAACUGCAAGCCAGUGUUUUGUUGUUACAACAAGAGGGCGUCGACACCCGUGCUCAGCUAAAGCAGCGAGAAGUGACCGUAAAGCACCUGGACCAGGACUUGGUUGCUCUGCGAGACACGCUGGAGUCUCUGAGGAGAACCUUGGCGCAGAAGGAGAAACGCACGCAGCAGCUGCUUGAAGACAACGCCCACCUUAAAGACGUCCUGACCAAUCAGCAGAGCCAAUUACAGACAGUGAGCGACGUUAGCGCGGCCCUGGAUCGCGCCAACGUCAGUCUGCAUGCGGAGAGGCAGCAGAUCCAGGAUCAGUCUGAUCACGCGAGCAAAGAGGCGGAGCGUCUGCAGCAGGAACUCACCUGUGUGCGCUGCAAUGCUGAGAAGAAGAUUCAAAAAAGGGAGAUAAGGAUUUGUGCACUUGUUAAGGAGCUUACUGGGAAGAAGAAGAGGCUCGCUGACUACCAGGAAAAGGAGCAAGACGAUCUCAGAGCCAAAAUGGAGGACAUGAGCCGACAGUGUGUUCACCUCAAUCACACCAGAGACAAACUCGAGGCCGACUCUGUUCUGAGCCGUGAAAAACUGCGAAUUUGUCACUUCGAGGUGCAAAGCAGAGAUCAGCUCAUUCUUCAGCUGAGAUCGGAAAUGAGGACGACAGCAAAGAAGCAUCGGGAGGAGCAGCAGCAGUUGGCAGCCUCAGAGGAGAAGUCACAAGAGCAGCAAAUGGAGCUGGAGCUCUUCCGCCAGCAGGUGGAAGGAGCCAGGGAGGAAUUAAGAGAAGCCCGUUUGCGGGCAGAGGAGCCAAAAGAAACGGCUGCCAUUUUUAAACGCAAGUACACCGCCACAAUGGAGAAGGUACACAAGGUGCAAGGGCAGGUGGAACAUCUGACAGAGGAGCUGCAAUAUUCCCAGCAACAGCUGAAGGAGUCCCAACUUGCAACUCAUUCAGUGGAAGAAGAGCUUUCGGAGCUAAAGCGGCGCCACCAAGAAAAGGUCGGCCAAUGGGAGAGCUCACAGGAGGCGCUGGACCAGUUGACGGACGAGCUCCAGGUCAGUCACAACCUGCUGACGGAGAGCCAGCAGAAGGCCGAGCACUUCAGGAGCGUCGCGUGUGGCCUGCAGGAGCAAGUGGACGUGGUCAAGCAGCAGAAAGUCGUGUUGGAGUGUGACCUGCGACUUUAUCAGCGGAGUCACUCCCACGCUGACGAGGACUACCUCAUCUUGCAAAGUCGCGCUCAGAAGCUGCAGAAGCGCUGCAGUGAGCAGGUGGAGCGCCUCGUGGAGUGUGAAAAGGUUAUUCUACAGAUGAAAUCAGAGCUGGAGAGACAAAACCAGGAACAGGCGAGUCUGAAGCAAAGUCUCGUCGCAUCGUGCCGCGCGCACCUUAACAGGCGCGGACAGCUGGAACAGGAAGUGGAUCUUCGGAAAGAGGAAGUCGCACGCUUACAGCUUGAGCUUGCUGACAGCCAAGAGGUACACAUCACUCUCCUCCGGCAGUCAGCGGAGGAGCUCCAGGAAGCCCGGCAGGAAAGAGCGGACAGGAGUAGGGAGGAUGAAGCUCACAGGGAGGAAGUACAGCGAAUGGAGGAGGAAUCCCAAGAACGGGAGGAAAGGCUGAAGAGCACUCAGAGAGAGAAGCAGAGUCUGAGCAAUCGUUUCAAGAAGCUGAGUCAAGAGCUUGAGGAGCUGCAUUGCAAACAUCAGAGCGCAGUGGAGGAGCUGGCAGCCCGCUCAGAGGAGGCAAAGUGCAUGACGGCGUGUCUGAGUGAGGGGAAGCAAGCACAGGACAAACUAAGCAACAUUGCUCUGCAGCUGGAGGUGCAGAUUGCAGAACUCAAGAGGAACCUUGACCUGGCUGUAAAGGACAAAAAGGAUGCCGAAGCUAAGGUGGACACAUUGCAGUCCAAGCUGGCGGCGUCCUGUUCCGACAACGCCAGCAUUCGCCACGAGAGCCAGUUAAUGGUCUCAAAUCUCAAACAAUGGAUCACCGAGCAAAAAGUUUCCCAUGAGAACCUUGCAGAGCAGAUGAAGACCCAAAGCAAAGCGCUGCUUAAUGCCACUGAAAAUAAAAGGCACCUUCAGGAGGCUAAUGACACGUUGAAGGCGGAGGUGAAGCAACUGAAAGAGGUGGCGGAGGGGCGGGAGAGAGAGAUGGGACGCAUCAAGGAACAACUGAAGGACCUGUGUGCAUUGCAGGAUGGUAAAACACUGGAAAAAGAGACUCGUGUGGCCUUGAAUUUGGGCAUACUGGCCGACAUGCAGACCAAGUUGCAGCACAACAUGGACGCCGUCGGACUGCUGAAUCAACAAUUAUCUGCCCUCAGUGAAGAGAACAAGCGUUUGCGUGGGCAGCUAGCAGAGGAGAAGUCCAAUGGUCGACAACCUCCAUCGGCCACACCAUUCCCCUGCUUGAAACAAGCAACGAUGCACACUGGCUGCAUCGAAGACCCUAAGCUGAGGCCGAGAAGGAGGAGGACAAUCCUGAUUGAGCCCAGGCUUCCAGUUGUCCAGCUUCAAAUCACCGCGACGAAGAUCCAGAGAGACGGCUCGGCAACAGUCACAGCCUGUUGGGAGCAUGCUGGCCAUCUUUGUGGAAAGCGCACAGUCCUGUGUUGUCUAUUGUGUUCCUAACAAGAGUCCAUGGGGCCUGACUGCCAACAAAUCAGCAUCUAAAACAGACAGCAAUAGGAAAUCUGAAAUAAUCAACAUCUCACCCCGUCUUUGUCUGGU